CACUUCGAUACUAGCCGCAGGAAAGUGCAGUCGAGCUCGGGGAACAGUUCGAGCCACCAGUGUGCCUCACGGAUGCCCACCAGUGUUAGACAUCCGGACGCCUGCUCGGUUUCUGUUUAUAGAGAUGCAAAAUUCGAUCAUGCGCCUAUUGGUGACGACCGUUUAUAAGUGUUUAUAAAUUUGUGUGUUGUUGUGCGGGAAAGGAAACGAAAUUAACUAAGCGAAACGAGACGGUGGUUGUAAUUUGUAGUCUGUUGUUACGUUUUAGAGGGAUAGUGAUUAGGGUUGUGAAUUGUGUGGAGAAAGCAACGAAAUCCCCGGCCACAGGCUUUCGCAGUGAAAGUGUGCUGGUGUACUGAAACAAAAAGUUUACGCUUGUUCUGGAAGCCAAGAAGCAAGCAAGUGAGCAAGUGUUUGUGAGAGUUCUUUGCCUUCGCACGAGUGUCCUCUGAUCGUUUUGGUGUACGUUUAGCAGUUUGUGCAGCACGCGACACCAGGCAUAAUGGAGCUGAUGCAGCAGCUUACACUUUGCACGGCGCUGCUGAUGGCCGCUGCAAUCGUAAGCAACAAUGGACAGUUCCUGCCCGGACCACGCUACAGCCUGGACAACAUGCCCAAAACGGGCUUCACCUGUCGGGACAAAAUCCUCGGCGGGUACUACGCGGACUCGGAAACGCAAUGCCAGAUGUUUCACGUUUGCGUGAAGGUGGCCGGUGUCGGUGUGCAAGAUUUCCGCUUCCUGUGCCCCAAUGGUACGGCUUUCGAUCAGGAAGCUCAGAUCUGUGCCGAUUGGGGUGAUGUCGACUGUGAGGCGGCCACACUGUACUACGGCAGUGACAACUUCGACCUAUACCGGCUCGGUUCCGGAUUCGAGAGCAAGCGGGCCCCGUACGCGGAGGAAGAAGAGGCCACCUUCCAUCUGCAGCGUGCUGAAACGAGCGAUGCUCGAAGAAGCAAGCAGUACAUUGUUAACCAGAGCUCCAAACCACAGCAAACACCAAACCUGAAUCAGAUCCCUAGCGUGCAGAAACCAUCCCAUCCACAACAAUCUCAGCAAUACUUCCGUCAACCGGUGACGCCCCAGGCCGCCACCACGUCCACCACGACCACAACCACUACUACGACGACCACCACCACCACUCCAUCCACGCCGGUGGAACACGUCUUCUACAAAACGAGCCAGGCACCGACGAAGCUGCACCAGAAGCAUGUGGAACACAAGCAACAUCAGCUGCUGCUGAACCAGCAACAACUGCUGCAGGCUCAGCACUUUCGGCAGCUAACAGCGGCAGCAGCAACGGCCACUCCUGCCGAUCGCCGCCCUUCGGUGGAUGAAAUUCGCACUACGACGCCAUCUUUCAGCAACAACUUUGCACGAUCACAGCAACAGCAACCACAGCAGCAAAGACAGCCACAACAACCACAGCAGCAAAGACAACCCCAGCCACAGCAACCACAGCAGCAACGGCAGCAACCACAGUCGCAGCAACCACAGCAAUCGCGCCCAGCCCAGCACAACGACUUCAACAACGAUGAGAUCUUCCGUGGAUCGCACAGUUCGCACUUCUUUAACAACCGGAACAACGGCAAGGAGGACUACGAGGAGGAACUGUACCGGAAGUCAACGACGACACCACGCUCGACGGCAGGGGCGGGAUCGAAUCGGGCACCAUCAUCCCAAGCUGGAACCCGUGGCCGUAACCGUGGUCGGGGCAGUGUCCGUGCACAUCAUCUAAAUGCGCUGCGCAAUGAGCUUAAGCCGAGUACGAGCACUACGCCGGUUAGUGUGACGAAACCGCAGCCACAACAGCAGUCAAACCAUCAGCAAUACAACCAUCAGCAGCAGCUACAACAGCAACGGCAGCAGCAGCAGCAACAACAGCAGCCACGUCAACAGAACACAAAGCUUCAAACGACGACACCUGAUGACUUUGUGGACAUCCCGAAGAUCCCCAACUUCCGACAGCAGCCAACGACCGUACUGAAGCCACAACAGUCGUCCGCUCAGGUUCCAUCGUUUGGACAGGCGAUCAUCUCCACUCCGGCACCGUUCGCUAAGCAGCCGGCCCAGCUCCAAAGUCGAGGAAACACUCAGUUCUUCAACACACAACAACAGCAGCAGCCGAAACAGCAGCCGAUAGUUACGAGCUCGACCACCCAAGCUGCUCCCCAGGCUGCUCAACGUUUCGGUGGCAAUCCACCAGCCGGAAACAACUUCAAGAUCACCGUCACCACACCGCCACAGUACGAUCGUAACAACUUUAACCAGCCGCAACCACAGCAGCAGUCGUUUAACUUCAACAGUCAGCCACGCCAACAGGCACCGGUUGUCAGCACCACGUCUGCCGCUCCUGCGAACAAUCCGUUCCAGUUCUUCGCGUCCCAGACAACGACCACCAUUCGUCCGCGAAGCACCUUCGAGAGUCGAGCAACGGAACGUUCGUUUGAUGAGGGUUCUGUCACGACACCGCAGGAAUCGCAACGCAUCCGGCCACAGUCGCGUACAUUCAACGUCGACCCGAACCGGCUGAACCAAUUCAACUAUAACGAGUAUCAGGGUAGUCGUACCAGCACAACGACCACAUCUACCACCACCACCACCACGACCCCGGUUCCUCCAACGACGUUCGCUCCAGCCCAGCAGAGCUUCCGUCAGCGAGCACCUCAGCAAAACUCCUUCCUGAAUCCGUUCCUCAACAACCCCGUAACGGUGGCACCUUCCAUCACGACCAUCCCACCAUCCAUCGUGCAGAAGGCCGUCCCUAAGGAACGCUACCAGUCCAUUUCACGGUCCGGCAAUGAAGGACACACGCCCUCAACGGUCAAGAAGUUCUCCACGCUCGUGCCCAAGGAUCAGUACAAUCCGACCACCUUCAAACCGAACGCGAUCAGCAAGAAAGCUCUGCUUCAGUUCGUCAACCAGAAGAGUGUCAUCGGGCUGGAGAAGUCUCCGUUUACCGACCGUGUGAGCAUUACCACCACGACUAGCACAACCGAGAAAGCCCCGGCACCGGCAACGACCCGUUAUCCUGGAUACAUUCCAACCAUUCCGCCCGUAACGUCCACGUCCACAUCCACCACGACGACCACCACCACGCGUGCUCCCUUCACCUCCAUCACCACCACCAAUACACCUCCCCCACCGAAUCGGUUCUUCCAGCCACCGAUCUCCAAAUCGAACCUGCUGACACAGUCCCCGAUCGUGGUUACCUCCGCCAAACCGAACCCGACCGAAAUCGACGAAGACGAUGGCCAGUAUCAUCCGGAGCUGUACGAGAAGGACUUCUACCGGAACCGCGUCAAGGCGAAGGCGGCCGCAGCGGCCGCUCUUGCCCAAGCCCGCAACUCCAACGGCCUUGCCUCGCUGUCCACGAGCGACGAGGAGGAAAUCUUCCGCACGGCACACUCGCAGAAUAUCGCCGCCAGUGGGAACGAUCUGAUACUGGAGCGUGCCCGUCAGGCGGCCGCCCGGAUCAAUGAGUUCUUUUCGUCCUCCUCGGUGAAGCCAACGACGGCACGCAAAGAGCAGAAGGAUGGCCCGUCGGAACCGGUAACGCCGAAGACAUCGCCGAAACAUCACAAGGACUCGAGCAGGACGAAGUCACUGCACGGGACGAAGGGUGGCAGCAGUAAUGCGACGCCCCGUCCAUUCUCCAAGGCUCCAACGAUUCCACCGAACGCGACCAUCACCAAGCGACCGCCGGAAGAUGACAGCUACGAUUACGCGUAUUACGACACCGGAAGUCCCGAUGUGCCCGAGUACGACAUCAUCGAAGACUUUGGUCGGAAGCGGGUCUAAGGUCUAAGGAUGAUGGCUGUAGACUUAACCGGGGGGGACUCUGGUCCCCCUUACUCGGGAUGAAUGUGGAUGUCAGCGUGGAUGGGUAGCAUGCCGGGUGCGCCAUUACGCGUAGCCCCGGUAUGGGAGCAUGAAUGGUGCUAGAAUGUAAAGGAAGCUGUGUGUAUGUGUGCCUAGCCGUGUAAGUGACCCAUGACCGGAUGGUGACCAGGCGAACCAGGCGCUCCUUCCCGCAUACGUCAUUGAUCGACCUGUCGGAGUCAAUGAAGGAGAGCGCGAUUACGUACGGAAAUGACGCUGGUCAUAUACUGCGCAUAUAAACGCUAUACAUAUGAUGAUAAUAUACUGCCAUUAGCAUUAACAAAACAACACACACACACAUUCAUCCAGCAACGAUGGCUAGGGGUGUGAGUGUGCAAGGGUGCGUCAAAAGCAAGGAAGCAGCAAAACGGACGAAUGUUUCGACGGGGGACAUCCAAAACCCAGCAGGAAGCCAGUAUUUGUAAUACACUCUCGAACGCACAUCGGUUGUUUUUCUCUCGCUCUCUCUCUCGCUCUCUCUUUCUCUUUUCUUCCGGCAAGUGGCCGUUUCGUUUUCUUUUCUUUCACUAUAUUUUUCAUUGUUUUGUUUAAUUUUAUUGUUUAAACGCUUUUAUUUCAUGACUUUGUAUUACGUUAAAUCAACAAACACACACACAAGUUCGCAUUUUAGAGCACUUUUUCACACUCGGUUAAACAAUCCCAUCUACACCGUGUAGGCAAAUUCUUUUCAUCUUAAGCAUCACUUUAAUCGCUUCGAACGGAUAGGGCUCGGACUAUCAGAGGCGGUCGGCUGAAUAGUACAGGGUGAGAUAGUUUGAAGCCCGAAUGUGGCGAAACCGUCAGAUUGGGAUCGGACAGAGACGAUGGGAGAAUAAGAUUGUUGUAAAUAAAUUUCUUUAAUCAAACAGUAA